AUGGACCGAGGAAAUAACUCAAGAGUGACAGAAUUUGAAUUGCACGGUCUUUCAGGUCCUCGAGAGCUACAACUUUUCUAUUUUGUAUUUUUCACACUUUUCUAUUCAUCCAUUUUGUUGGGAAACCUCCUCAUUGUGCUCACAGUUCUUUCUGAACGCACCCUCCACACCCCAAUGUACUUCCUGCUCAGCAACCUUUCCUUCAUUGAUAUGUGUCUGUCCACUUUUGCCACUCCCAAAAUGAUAGUUGACUUCCUCAUGGAGCAUAAGACCAUCUCCUUUGAGGGCUGCAUGGCCCAGAUAUUCUUUGCUCAUUUCUUUGCUGGUAGUGAAAUGAUGCUCCUUGUGGCCAUGGCAUAUGACAGGUAUGUAGCCAUAUGUCAACCUCUGCAUUAUACAGCCAUCAUGAGUAUACACAAAUGUGCAGGCCUUGUGGUGGGCUCUUGGUUCAUUGGGUUUUUGCACUCAACAAGCCAGCUAGUCUUUGUAGCAAAUCUUCCAUUCUGUGGUCCAAAUAAUAUAGACAGCUUUUUCUGUGACACUCCCUUGGUUAUUAAACUUGCCUGCACUGAUACUUACAUCCUUGAGAUACUGAUUCGUUUAAACACUGAUAUACUUGGUAUGAGCUCCUUUGUGCUAUUGUUCAUCUCCUACACAAUCAUCCUGGUCACUGUGCGACGUCAAUCAUCAGCGGGCACGGGCAAGGCCCGGGCCACCCUGACUGCCCAUAUCACUGUGGUGACCCUCUUCUUUGGGCCCAGCCUCUUCAUCUAUGCCUGGCCUUUUCACAACUCCACAGGGGAUAAGAUACUCUCAAUAUUCUAUACUAUUUUCACCCCCCUCUUAAACCCCUUGAUCUACACGUUAAGAAAUAAGGAGGUGAUAUCAGCAAUGCAGAAACUGAGGAGGCAAAAAGUGAGUUCCUAA